AAUGGUAAGCUCAAGGCAGAACAAUGGGAGAUGGCAAUUGAAUUUGACUUACUGGUGAUGCUCGUAAAACUUUUGGGGAUGAAAUAUGAUGGAGAUGAACGGAAGCCAAAAUUAGCUCAUAGCACUAUGCUGCUAGCAAUGGCAAUACAAUGGGGAACAUCUCACAUAACAUCCCCACAUCACACUCAGCAAUAUGGAAAAUACAUGAAGACCUAUCUGGAGUGCAUUCAAGAUGUCUUUCCAGGCCAUUCUUUCUGUCCUAACCACCACGCAUGCCUCCACCUACACGAGUUCCUUCUGAGAUACAGACCAAUGCACGGCUGGUGA